AUGUCGUCGACGGCGUUUAGCCACCUGUUCCCCUCCGCCGCCGUCGCCGCUGUAUCCCUCCUCCCUGGCCGCGUCUCCCUGCAGCUCUUCUGCACCAGCGCUGAAGUUGCCCCUGGAUGGAGAAGAAGAAGCUGCCGCAUGGCCGUAGUGCGCGCGGCCACCGCGGAGGCGGCGGCGCCCGUCGACACCUCCGACUCCCUCAUCCUCUACUUCAAGGCAGAGGGCACCAUGGAGGAGAGGGCCAUUCCCAAGAUCACUGAGUCUCUUGAGGGUAUGGAAGGAGUCAAGGACCUAGAGGUGCUCAUUGAAGAAGGCAUAGCGAGUGUUGUGUUAACAAAGGAGACAACUGUGCAAGCUACUGGAGUAGCCUCGAACCUAGUGGAAGCUAUCCAGGGAGCUGGGUUCAAACUGCAAACACUAAGCUUGAGCUUGGACGAUUUCGACGACGCAACAGCAGGAGCAGGAGGCAAUGUCCAACCCAGCGAGUGA